AUGACCACCUCAACCAUGGCCCGCCCCGCCAGGAAACUAGACGAGUUCGAAGAACUAGUCUACAUGUACGCCGCGCGCAUGGGUCCCCACGAUGAGAGUCAAGAGCAACAUGCGCUUCGAAUCCGCGACAAAAGGGCCCCCGCCCAAGUCUCCUUCCUCUUCAGCAUCGCCCCCAAAAUGUGCAACUUCCUGGGCAACCUGCACGGUGGAUGCGCGGCGACGCUCGUCGACGUGCUCUCCACCGUCAUCCUGAUGGGCGUGUCCUCGCCGGGCCAGUUCUCGCUGGGCGGGGUGAGUCGCAAUCUCAAGAUUACGUAUCUGAGGCCCGUGCCGAGGGGUACGGAGGUGAGGCUGACUUGUGAGCUUGUUCAUGUGGGCCGUCGGUUGGCGCUGUUGAGGGCGGAGAUUAGGCGCGUUGAUAAUGGGAAUCUUUGUGUUGUUGGGGAGCAUGAGAAGGCGAAUACGGAUCCGGAGGUUGAUCAGAGGAUUUGA